GACAGAACCUCCGCACAACGGAAUGGCUGAGCUGCACCAUGCUCCUAGGUAUACCGAAGAUCUUGAUUUUUCUGACAUCUUAACUAAAUAUCAAAUUCAACAUGACGACGGAUUCGAUAACAUAGUUGUAGUGGAUGGGGUGCCUGUUAUUGACAACUCGAAGCUAGACAAGCUUCUGUCCAAAAUUACGAAGGAAUUUUCAAAAAAGGGCAUAUAUAUCAAACAAGACGAAAUCCAUGUCCCUUGGGAUAAGUGUGUAGGAAAGAGCAAGGGAUUUAUAUUCAUCAACUUGAGAAAUGCAGAGGAUACUUCCCUUAGUCUGACAGCUAUGCAUGGACAUGCUUUCGACGCCAGGCAUCAAUUUAAGAUCAAUCGAUUUGUCGAUGUGGAGCGGUACGUGCAGUUGAAUGAAACCUACUUGGACCCACCGAUGGAAGAUUAUCACACGAAGGAGCAUCUCCGAUCAUGGCUUGCAGACCCGCUUGGUCGUGAUCAGUAUGUCACGUAUCGCGGCGAGGAUGUCGAAAUUCGUUGGCACGGGAAGUCGUCUCAGUCUGGAGUAUCUUACUCAAAAAAGGCAUGGACUGAGCUAUACGUAUCCUGGUCGCCUCAGGGAACAUACCUCGCGACUAUCUACCGUCAAGGAGUCCGCUUGUGGGGUGGCCCUUCCUGGGAGCAUCAGCAGCGAUUUGCCCAUCCGCUGGUAAAGUUGAUCGAUUUCUCGCCUUGCGAGCAAUAUCUUGUAACAUGGUCCCAUGAUCCCAUCAAUGUCCCAGCAAAUCUCCCUCAAGGACCUGAAUUCUUUUCGCCAGAGGAUGAAGGAAAUCAUAUCGCUGUGUGGGAUGUCAAGACAGGACACCUUCUUCGUACUUUUCCAAGUGCCAGUUUAGUAUUUGACGACUCCCUGAAAAAGCAAAUGCAGUGGCCUGCGCUAAAGUGGAGUGCCGAUGACAAAUUUGUCGCUCGGAUAACACCUGGCCAGCACAUAAGCGUUUACGAAUUGCCUACUAUGGGUUUGCACGGGAAAAAAAGUUUAAAGAUUGAGAGCGUCGUUGAUUUUGAAUGGUGCCCCCAUGGUGAUAAAGAUAAAGACGAAGGACGGUUCCAAGGAUCGAAAGGGCGCAAGCUCGAGGAAAACAUGUUAGCAUAUUGGACUCCAGAGGUGGCUAAUCAACCUGCGCGUGUUACUCUGUUGACCUUCCCUGGCCGAACAAUCUUGAGGCAGAAAAAUUUAUUCAAUGUUACUGAAUGCAAACUAUUUUGGCAGAAUCAUGGUGACUUCCUAUGUGUCAAAGUCGAUCGCCAUACAAAAACGAAAAAAUCGACGUUCUGCAAUCUGGAAAUAUUCCGUGUACGCGAAAAGGAUUUUCCAGUCGAGGUAGUAGAAUUGAAAGAUACUGUAAACGACUUCGCCUGGGAGCCCCGAGGCGAGCGUUUUGCUAUCAUCACAAGUGCAGACUCGAAUCUCGGCAGCUCAAAUGCCGGUACAGUCAAAACAGAUAUAAGUUUCUACCAGCUUGAUCCUGUAAAGAAUGAUUUCAAGCUAUUGCGUGUCCUUCCCUCGCGAACCAGCAAUACUAUCAGAUGGUCCCCUCGAGGAAGGCACAUCGUACUUGCUACUGUAGGCUCGUCAACCAAAUCAGAACUGGAGUUUUGGGAUAUGGAUUUUUUCAGCGAGGAGCGUAGGGAGGGCCAGGCUGCCAAGGAGGACUGGGCAGGAGGGAUUCAGCAUCUCGGUUCGGCUGAUCAUUAUGGUGUGACUGAUGUGGAAUGGGAUCCCAGUGGCCGCUUUUUAGCCACUAGUGCUAGUGCAUGGAGACAUACGCUUGAGAACGGUUAUGCCAUAUGGGAUUUUCGUGGUCAAGAGAUUGAAAAACAUCUGGUGGAUCGGUUCAAGCAACUUAUUUGGCGUCCUCGUCCCCAUUCAUUGUUAACUCAAGAGCAAAAGCGCGAGGUCCGGAGAAAAUUGCGAGAAUAUGGUCGCUCAUUUGAUGAGGAAGAUGCCGCAGAGGAAAGCAGCAUAAGUGCCGAACUUGUCGGGCAUCGCAAGCGUCUCGUGGAUGAAUGGAAUACCUGGCGUGCUCGGUGUAGGCAAGAGGUUGCAGAAGAGCAACACAGCCGUAUCAGGUUGGCCCUGUGCCGUGAAGAAAGCAAGGAAGAAAUCGAAGAAUGGAUAGAUGAAGUUAUUGAUCAAACAGAAGAGGUUGUCGAUUGAUACUCUCGUUCUCGUAUAAGUUAGGCAAAUAACGUAUACUAGUAUUCAGAUGCAGUUAUACAGGAUGGCUAUUCACUACAACAUCUGCAAACAGCUGAAAAUUUG